AUCCCGGGGGUUGUCCCCCAUUCCCGGGGGGGUUGUGCCGGGGGUGUGACCCCCCCUCCCCGUUGCGGGGGGGCCGGAAGGGGCGGUGUUGUCCCCGCGAUGGCGCUCGAGUCGCUCCGGUACCAACGCGGGUCCCUCGAGGUCCUGAACCAGCGGCUGCUGCCGGGGCAGCUCCGCUAUGAGCGGGUGGGGGACGUGGAGCGGGCCUGGGGGGCCAUCCGGGACAUGGAGGUUCGGGGGGCUCCUGCCAUCGCCCUGGUGGGCUGCCUGAGCCUGGCGGUGGAGCUGGCGGGGGGCUCGGGCCCCACGGAGGAUUUGGGGGCGCUGGAGGAGUUCGUGGGGCAGAGGUUGGGGGUCCUGCUGGGGGCCCGGCCCACGGCCGUCAACAUGGCCCGCGAGGCCCAGCGGCUCCGGGCCUUCGUCCGCACCAGGGUCGAGACCCCCGGGGUCACCCCCCAGCAGCUCAGGGAGAGCAUCAUCGAGUACAUCGAGGGGCUCCUGGAGAAGGACCGGGGGGACAACCGGAGCAUCGGGGAACACGGGGCCCGGCACAUCCUCCAGGGGGUCCCGGGGGGGGGCCCCGUCACCCUCCUGACCCACUGCAACACCGGGACCCUCGCCACGGCCGGAUACGGCACCGCCCUGGGGGUGGUCCGUGCCCUGCACGCCCGGGGGUCUCUGUCCCGCGUGUUCUGCACCGAGACCCGGCCCUACAACCAGGGCUCGCGGCUCACGGCGCUCGAGCUGCGCCACGACGGGAUCCCGGCGACGCUGAUCGGGGACAGCGCGGCCGCCGCAGCCAUCCGGGACCGGGGCGUCAACGCCGUGGUGGUGGGCGCGGACCGCGUGGCCGCCAACGGGGACGUGGCGAACAAGAUCGGGACGUUCCAGCUGGCGGUGGUCGCGCGGCACCUCCGCGUCCCCUUCUACGUGGCCGCCCCCAGCUCGUCCUGCGACCCCUCCCUGCCCGGGGGGCACCUGAUCCCCAUCGAGGAGCGGCCCAAGGCCGAGCUCACCCACCUCGGGGGGGUCCUGCUGGCGGACCCGGAGGUGGACGUUUGGAACCCGGCGUUCGACGUGACCCCGCACGAGCUGAUCACGGGCGGGAUCAUCACCGAGUGGGGGGUUUUCGCCCCCCAGGAGCUGCGCCAGGCGCUGGAGGAGCGGGGGGGGAAUUAAUUAAGGGGGCAGGAAUUGCUUCAUGGAGCACUUCCGGCCUCCUACAUCCCGGCGUGCCUUGCGCGGGAGAGGCCUCGAUAAAUCCCAUCGUCCUUUGCGCC